AUGAUAGCUGAUAUGAGAAGCGUUCAGAGUCACUUGGCGAUGUUUUCAGAUUGCCAUCACAUAAUUCGACCAGAUUCAGUUAAUAACCAACUCACAGUUCCACAUCACUGGAAUUCUGUAACUGGCCGAGCAAGUCCAUCUGUAGCUGGUAGUAUGGCAUCUGAUCCUGAAUCGUGCCUUGACGAUAAUCGUUGUAUCAACGAUGAUUCUGAUUCUGAGAUGAUCAGUUAG